UAGUGUUGUAUUCCUCUCAGUGUUGCAGUAUCACCACUGGUUAUCCAUGGCUUUAGGCCCUGUCAAGUUUGGGGCCUAUACUGGUACCAUGAAUAUACUGUUGAUAUUUUUUGGUAUUUCAUCACUUCUUAUGAGUACAUUGAUUGUUUACAUCCUAAUUAACCCUGAAACUAGAGACAGUGUCUACAUUGAUAUGAACACAUUUGUAUGGAGUGGCUUUGUUACUGCCAUGACUUUUGUAUUAGCAGCAAUAUUUGAGGUCAUGUUUCGUAAUAUUAGGUCUGGAUAUUUGCCUGAUAUUGUCAAAUUUAAAAAUCAGAUGAAUGAAAAUGAGGAAAAGCCUACAAAAGUUAAUCCCCUGCAUAAUUAUUUAGAAGAGAAAAAAUACAAUUUUGCCUCAAAAACAGAAAUUAACUCGGAAGAGAAUCUUUCUUCUGAGAUUGAAAAUGAUGAACCCAUCAAAAGUGCUAUUGACCUUCCAGUGCAGGAAAAGUUAAAAAAAUUGGAUAAUAAUUCCUUUCAGAGUGAAAUAAAUAUUAAUCAUGAAAACAAAGAUUCAGAAUCUGGAAAUAAAUCAUGUAAUCCAGAAUUUAAAGAUAGUAAUUAUAAAAAGUCCAAUAUGUCUAAUAGUGAGUCAAGUUCUAAGAAUGAAUUAUUGGCUUAUCAUAAUAGGAGUCAAAAUGCAAAUGUGAGUCCUAAUUCUGUUCAAAAUAGAGGUACACAAACUAUGUUGACAAGAAGGCAUAAAACUCACAAAGGAACAUCACAUCAAGGUAUCUUAGUUAAUAAACAUCAAAAUGCUCAAGAAAUUCAAAUGUAUAGCAGUAGCAGAAGCAACUGGAUGUCACAGUCAGAUGAAGCUGUUCAGAUAAGACAAGUUUUCAUUACAAGAUCUGAAGUAAUUACUAGUAAUACGGAUACACCAAACUUUACUCACACUGACACAGGCUUAACAAUAGGAGAUAAUUUACUAACUACUAAUUUGAAGAAAAGUGAUGAAAGUAAAACUGAGGAAAAAAGCAUGCUUCAGCCUGAGACUAAGGUGCAACACAGUGAGAGACCACAAACAACUUGGGGUGAUAUUGGAGUGUUAAAAAUAGAUGAUAGAGGAAAUAGAAUUUUAAUGUCAGCAUCACAAGAUGAAAUGAAUGAGAUUACAAAUGCUUCUGACAGUGGGAUUACCUGUUUUCAACAAUUUGUUGAGGAUUGGGAUGAAACAGAAAUAAUGUCAAAUGAUGAUCUAAGAGAUGAAUGUAGUAUGUUUUUGAAACAGCUAGUUAGCCAUAUAGGAAAGCAAGAAAAGUAUUUAAAAAUAAAAAUUAGACAUGGUGAUACAAGAUGUUUUACAGGAUUAGAAGUCAUUACAGAUAGAUGGUUUCAGGCAUUGAGAAAAGAGAGUUUCCAACUUGUCAUUUGUAAGGCUUUUCAGAAAGGUGUGACAAAAGCAGUACUUCAACAUAAUUUAGAAACCAUGCCAGAGAUAGACGGUAAAAUUGCUUCCUGGACAACACAGAAUGUGUCCACUAUUAUAGAACAAUGUUCUGAAAAGUUGAAUAUCCAGAAUAGUCUUUCAAAACCUGACAUUGAGGAAAUAUCAUACAAAAUAAUGGUGAGGAUCUUCAAUUUGGCUGAUCGAUGGUGUCCAAGAAUUCUCUAUCCAGAUGGAAGACACCUUGCAGAAGAAAUAGGAUUCAAAACUGGACUAGAAGCAGUUGUAUCUUCUAAAGGUAGCCUAUAUCAAUUUCAGGAAUCAAUAUCAACUUCCAUGAUUCAUAUUCAGACACAGUUAGAUAGAAAUAAUAAUGGAGGAAUUAUUGAAUCUUUGACAAGUCAAGCAUCAAUGAGCACAUUGAAUUCUUCAGAAUAUCUGAUCCUUUAUACCCUAGCCUCAUGUGUAGUCAGAUUGGCCUUUCAGAACCAAGACUGGAUUCUCAGAGAAGACUGGGACAAAAUAUCACAAGGGUCAACACCAAGAUAUUUAGAUGAGUUCUUUAGGCAACAACAGUUAGAACUGUUAACAGUGUGGAAAUUAUGUUCCAAUGUUGUUUAUGAAGCCCAAGAAGAAUUAAAUAAAGAUUAUGAAGAUGCAAGUUUUGUUUAUACUCAGUUUUUGGUCCGUCAGCUAACGUUGUCAAUUUUGGAAGAUAUUAUAAAAGAUGAGAAUGAGAAAUUCUGUGAAAGAUACAAAGAAUUAAGGUCCAAGUUGUACAAACAAUGGAAUAAACAGGGUUUCCAUCAGACACUUAACACAAUGAAUUACCUAACAGAGGUAUUACUGAGUAAUUUUAUAUCCAAAAUUAAAGACCAGGACCAUGUCACAGACGAAAGUUCACCUUACUUCAUCCUCAGUCAAAGUCAUUCAUUAGACAGGAUCAAAACAGAACUUGGACAUACUAUUAUGACAACUGUAAAGAAAAACCUAUUUGGUUACAGUGGACAUCUAUACUUUUUAACUGAGGAAGAUGAACUUGUAUCAUUGAUGGAUAGAGGAGAUUUUCAUAUUGCUGAACAUACUUUCAUCAUGGUGGAUUUAGCAGUUGAAGAAAUAUUUAAGAUUUUACCAGAUGUAACAAAUUCUUUGCUAACAUGUGAAAUACAGGAGUUCGUGAGUUCACAGCUUGUUAGUAAAGCAGUUGAUUCAGCAAGACAUGUGGUGAUGUUAGAGAAACAGAUUGAGAAGCAGAAACAUGAACAACUAAAGAUCAAUAUUGAAGAAUUUGCAUCAGUUGCAAAAACAUUAGGACCAAUGGUUCUUUUUCUAAAACAUGUUAAAGCAAGGAAUACAAUCAGACCAAAGGACUUUGUAGCCAAGAUGGAAACUAAACACACAGAUUUUGUUGCUGUUAAUUUACAAAAUGUUUAUGAGGCUGGUUUAAUUCGAGAUGAUGCAGCUUUGGACAGGAGCAUUACACCGAAAAUUUUGUAUGAACUUGAAUGGGAUGUAAUGAAUGAAAACAAGAAAUGUUUGCCACACUUUAUUAGAUCAUGGUUAGUUGUUAUUUUGUUUACUGGAAUUUUCAUAAAUUUGAUGUAUGUAACAUUUGUUGGAGGGCAGCUGUCACUGAGUCAGGUAAAAGCCUGGUUAUUGUAUUGGCUAUGUUCUGUAACUGUAUAUGGAUUUGUUCUUCUUCCUAUUUUAGCAAUUGUAGUUGGACUUGUAUUUUUUCUCCUGCAAUAAAUAUGGAAACAAA